GUUUGUGGAACAGUUUCCAGUGCCUGUCUGUAACCCUUUGGGACCCAGUAGCACACAAUGCGUCUCAGCAUGACCUUCAUCCUCCUCCUCAUCCUCACUGUGACCUGCAUUCCAGGCAGUGCCAUGCGUUGUUAUUAUGGUUUAUACGAAACAGAAAAGCCCACAGACUGCGGCAUGAUGAUAAACUACUGUCAGAGAGGGGAACAAGCCACAGAGCAGGACUCCAGGGAUGCAGAGCAGGACCCACCACCCAUUCUCUGUAUUGUAAAUGACUGUAACAAAUAUGAGGACUGUGAGAAAGUCAGAAAACAGCUUGAAGCAGAGAACCCUCUCGAGUGCUGUGAUACCAACUCAAACUUUCCCAUUUUGUUUGAGGAACCUGAAAUGUUACCUGAAAUGUUACCUGAAAUGGAACCUGAAAUGUUACCUGAAAUGUUACCUGAAAUGUUACCUGAAAUGGAACCUGAAAUGUUACCUGCAAUGUUACCUGAAAUGGAACCUGAAAUGGAACCUGAAAUGUUACCUGCAAUGUUACCUGAAAUGUUACCUGAAAUGUUACCUGAAAUGGAACCUGAAAUGGAACCUCUUCCCAACUCAGAGGAAAUGCUCUAAAUAAACAGCUCUCCGUUAUGUUUUCACUGACAUGAGCAAUAAACUAUCAACUAGCAAACUA